AGCGGCCUUAGGUGAGUGACUAUGUCGUGGCUCUCUGAGCGCGCAAUCCACUGGCCAUCGCCGCCAUCCUGGCUUUGGGGUCGCCGGUGCCGAGGCAUCCGUGGGGAGAACUCCCAGGGCUACGAUUGCACGCUGGAGGCGGUGUUCCCCUGUGUAAAGGAAUGAGGCGGGGGCCCGACUUGGCGCUCCGGGACCAGCCGGCCUCUGCUGCCUGCAGAGGGCUAUGGGUGGGAAUGGGGGGUGGCAGGGCCCCUCGGCAGGCGGCAGCACGGGCGGCUUGUAGUCCGUGCCGACUUCCAGCUCCAGAGGUCCGGCGCCUUGGUGACCUGCGAAAAUGGUUCGCUACUCACUGGACCCAGAAAACCCCACAAAAUCAUGCAAAUCAAGAGGCUCGAAUCUUCGGGUUCACUUUAAGAACACUCGAGAAACUGCCCAGGCCAUCAAGGGUAUGCAUAUCCGAAAAGCCACCAAAUACCUGAAAGACGUCACGUUAAAGAAGCAGUGUGUGCCAUUCCGUCGGUACAAUGGUGGAGUUGGUAGAUGUGCCCAGGCCAAGCAGUGGGGUUGGACCCAGGGUCGUUGGCCCAAAAAAAGUGCCGAGUUUCUGCUGCACAUGCUUAAAAAUGCAGAGAGUAAUGCUGAGCUGAAGGGUUUGGAUGUAGAUUCUUUGGUCAUUGAGCACAUCCAGGUGAACAAGGCCCCCAAGAUGCGCCGUCGGACCUACAGAGCCCACGGCCGGAUCAACCCGUACAUGAGCUCCCCGUGCCACAUCGAGAUGAUCCUCACUGAGAAGGAACAGAUAGUUCCUAAGCCAGAAGAGGAGGUGGCACAAAAGAAAAAGAUAUCCCAGAAGAAACUAAAGAAGCAAAAGCUUAUGGCUCGGGAAUAAACUCAGUAUAAAAUAAAUACGAAUUAAAAGAA